AUGGCUGUGAUGUCACCAGCGGGGGGGAAUCCCCACGGCUGUGAUGUCACCGGCAGGGGGAAGCCCGGGGGGCUGCGGCCUGAGGGAGGAGAAGGGGGGCCGGUCCCCACCGGGGGAGCCCCUGAGGCCCUGCUGUGGCCGCUGCCGGGUUCGCCGCCCGCGCACAUGGCGGAGGCGGCCGCCCCAGCCACGCCAGUGGUGCUGGAGCAGUUCGGCUACCAACUGGAGCAGAUGCUGGGCCACAGCACCUAUGGGAAGGUGUACAAGGCGGUGGCCUGCCAGCAGCGGGCCCAGGUGGCCAUCAAAGUCAUCUCCAAAAGAAAGGCACCGGAGGAAUAUCUCAGAGAGCUCCUGCCCCAUCACAUCCAGGUAUUGAAGGGGCUGCACCACAAGCAUCUCAUCACCUUCUACCAGGCCAUCGAGACCACGGCGCGGCACUACGUCAUCAUGGAGCUGGCCCCGUCAGGGAACGUUCUGCAGCGGGUGCAGUGCCAGGGACCCUGCCCUGAGAGCCUGGCAGGCCACUGGUUCUCCCAGUUGGUCCUCUGCCUGGCCUACCUCCACAGCAGGGCCAUCGUCCACCGGGAUCUGAAGUUGGAGAACCUCCUCCUGGACUGCCAGGACAACGUGAAGAUCUCCAUCUUCGGCUUCCCCCAGCGGGUGGCCCCGGAGGAUGCCAACAAGGAGUCACCGGAAGCUUCCACAUCUGCAGGGGCACCCACCAGGGGGUUGCUGAGCCGGACCUUCUGCGGGUCCUACGCCUAUGCCUGCCCCAGGAUCCUGCAGGCUCAGGCCUAUGACCCCUUCCUGGCAGACACCUGGAGCGCCGGAGUCAUCCUCUAUGCCUUGCUCCUGGGCCACCUGCCCUUUGAUGAUACCAACAUGAGGCGCCUCCUGCAGCAGAUCCAGCAGCCUCCCAUCUUCCCCUCACAGCAGCCUCUGCCCCAGGACUGCAAGGAUGUGAUCCUGCGCCUGCUGUGCCCGGCCUCACAGCGCCUCUCAGCCCGGGAGCUCCUGCAGACCCCCUGGGUCUCUCGCUUCCUGCCCCCUGGCCCCCUGGGGGACCUGCCCUCUGACACAGAGGCCCCUGAGACAUAA